AUGGGAUCUUCAAGAACACCACCAGAUUCCGCUCUGGUAUCAUCACUACCAAAGACAACUUACUACAUACCAAACUUCAUUAGCCCUUCUGAAGAGUCACAGCUGCUCUCACAAAUCGCCUCCGCCCCAAAGCCAAAAUGGACAAUUCUCACCCAUCGUCGUCUCCAAACCUGGCCCAGCGCUCUGUCAAAAUCAAAUAUUCUUCUUGCCGAGCCGCUUCCUUCCUGGCUUGAAUUGCCAAUAAUUCCCCGCAUGCAGGAAUUAGGUAUUUGGGACAAUUCCCCUCAUAAGCAGCCAAACCAUGUCCUGGUGAAUGAGUACAAGCCCGGAGAAGGAAUCAUGGCCCAUGAAGACGGUCCAGCCUAUCAUCCAAUGGUGGCAACUGUGAGCCUGGGAGCGCCGAUUGUUUUAGAAGUGUUUGAGAAGAGCGAAGAUGGGCUGGGUGAAGCAAAAUUUAGAAUUUUGCAGGAGCCAAGAAGUCUUUUGGUUACUACGGAUGACAUGUAUACAACUCAUCUGCAUGGAAUCGCGCAACAAACAGUAGACGAGAAUAUUGGUCCUGAGACUGUGGCCAAUUGGGAUCUUCUAGGAGAAAAGGACCUCUUUGCUGAUGGUCGAUAUGACCGGCAGAUCAGGACAAGCUUGACAUAUAGAGAUGUCCUCAAAGUUGCCAAAUUUAAUCUUGGAAAUUCGCUUUUCAAGCGUUAA